GAAGAGGGGACGGCCAUGGCAGCUGCACGGCGGCAAAGGCGGCUGCGACGGAGCGCGCGCCCGGCUUUGAAUGAACGCGGCUGGGACUGAAUAGGCUGAGCGCGAGCUCGAGAAAACCAUUGGGCAGAGCGCGCGCGCGCGCCUCGUGUGCGCGCGCGGCCCGCGGCAGCUCGAAGCCUCCGCCGGGAGGGCGGGGAGGGGGAGGGGCAGGUUUUGAUUCCCACCAUGGCCAUCACUCAGUUUCGGUUAUUUAAAGUUUGCACCUGCCUAGCAACAGUAUUGUCAUUCCUAAAGAGAUUAAUAUGCAGAUCUGGCAGAGGAAGGAAAUCAAGUGGAGACCAAAUAACCUUGCCAACUACUGUUGAUUAUUCAUCAGUUCCAAAGCAGACAGAUGUAGAAGAGUGGACUUCCUGGGAUGAAGAUGCACCCACGAGUGUAAAGAUCGAAGGAGGGAAUGGCAAUGUGGCAACACAACAAAAUGCUUUGGAGCAACUGGAACCUGACUAUUUUAAGGACAUGACACCAACUAUAAGGAAAACUCAGAAAAUUGUUAUUAAGAAGAGAGAACCACUAAAUUUUGGCACCCCCGAUGGUAGCACAGGGUUCUCCAGUAGAUUAGCAGCUACACAAGAUACGCCUUUCAUUCAUCAGUCUUCUGAAUUGGGUGACUUAGAUACCUGGCAAGAAAAUACCAAUGCAUGGGAAGAAGAAGAAGAUGCAGCCUGGCAAGCAGAGGAAGUUCUGAGGCAGCAAAAAAUAGCAGACAGAGAAAAGAGAGCAGCAGAACAGCAAAGGAAGAAAAUGGAAAAGGAAGCACAGAGGCUAAUGAAGAAAGAACAAAACAAAAUUGGUGUGAAACUUUCCUAACAAAUGUUUGUCAGGUGUCAUAGUGCCAGUACAAGAAAUCUGAGCUCCACAACCCAUACAGAUUUAUAUGGAUUUAAGAGUAUUUUCGGAAUACAAACACACCGCUUGAUUUUAAUGCAUUCAUCUGGCCAUCCAGGACAUCAGGAUUCUCCCAAAGUACCUUGAAUUCUUAGUGAUUGAAACUCAAAAAAGCAAAAAAGACUUACAUGACUAUUUUCUUCAAUCUGCUCCAAACAUAAGACACUCGUUUGCUGUAGAGAAAUUAUUACAAAUGGAAUAUAUCAGUACCUCUCAAGCUAGUGUUUCUAGCUAAAUAAAUGGGUGUAAAUAAUUUUAUGGUGGAAAAGAACUCUUCUAUCUAUUAUGCUUUCCUUCAAUGUGCAUAAUUAUAAAAUAAACAAUUUUAAUAUU